GACGUAAGGUAUAACCAGAUGCCAUGCGCAGGCUCUCCAGCCAAGGAGGCGCCAAUAGCGUCUCGUCAGGUGGUUUUUUCUCUCAAUCUGAAGGGAGUCAACAGACCCUAAUUCCCUUAAAGGCACUUGAGGCCGUUUGAUCUUGGAAGCUAAGUGGGGUCAGCCCUGGUUAGGGCUCGGGUGGGAGACCGCCUUCAAACACCAUUGUGCUGUAUUUGAGGGAGGCAAAACUACACCCCUGAUCCUUCGUUGCCUAAGAAAACCCUUUGAAUGACAUUCAGGGGAUCAAAGAGAAUAUUGCUUUAUGCCAACUUGGAAUAAUAAUGUCUUGAAAAGCAGACAAUGUCCAUUCUGUGUAGUCUGCCAGCUGGGUGGCUACUGGACCACCUCUCCUUCAUAAAUAAGUCUGGCUACCAAUUGAACCAUUCCCAAAACUGUUCUGGCUUGGUCUUUUCGAAUGAUGCAUACAGUGCUGCUUCAGAUGCAGAUGUUACUGGGACCACAAUCCUGGAUAUUGCAGGUCCUGGUAGAAAAUAUCCUGUUUCUGAGAUGAAGGCUUCAGGUAAAGAAGCAUCUCAAAAGACGUAUGUGUUCCGGGAAGAGUUUUUUAAUAUGCUGAAGCCCCAUAUAUCAGUAAACCUUCAAACAGAAUUGCAGCAAGGGAACUCUGAGGUCAAUCUAGAAAAUAAUGGAUCAAAACCACAGGAAAGAGCCAAGAAUGAGGAAUUCCAAGUCUUUACAGCUAAAGCUAAAAAGAAACGGAAAAGAAGCAGUGAAUUGAACCAUGGUGAGCGUGAUGCUUUGGAAUAUCAUUUAAAGAUCAGUGGUGUGAUUUUGGAUGGUACAAAGAGUUUGGUUCAGGAGGCUCUCAGAAGUGGCUUCUUGCGGUCUGCUUCCACUGAACAGUUUUGUGCUAAGACUCUUGUUGCAGGAGGCCAUGACUGUAGUUUAGCUGAAUUAUGUGAGAUGGCAAAGCAGUUUCACCCAGUGACUGAAGAUGAACAAAAAACUCUAUGCAGAAUCAACAAGGGAGGUUGUCUUCCACAACAAGUUCAGCCUUCAUGUAUUACAGAAAACACCACAAACUAUGCAGAGAUUAUAAUGCUAAUGGGCGAGAAGUAUCUGUUUCCUCCCAAAAGUGCAUUUCUUUUGUCUGAUGUUUCCUUUAUGCAGCCUCUUUUGGACUAUAAAAAAAAGUUUGGCAUCAUUGUGAUAGAUCCGCCAUGGGAGAAUAAAUCUGUUAAAAGAAGUAAUAGGUACAGUUAUUUGUCUCAUUCACAAAUCAAGCAAAUUCCUGUGCCGGCCCUGGCUGCUCCAGGUUGUCUUGUGGUUACUUGGGUGACUAACAGACAGAGACACCUGCGUUUUGUGAAAAAUGAACUUUAUCCCUACUGGUCUGUGCAUGGAGUGGUAGAAUGGUUCUGGGUGAAAAUUACAAGGUCUGGAGAGUUUGUAUUUCCAUUAAAUUCUUUUCACAAGAAGCCUUAUGAGGUUCUUAUACUGGGUCGAGUCCAGGGAAGUACAGAUAGGCCAUUAAGGAUUUCAGAAGAUAUAGUGCUUCCAGAAAUUCCAGAUCAAAAAUUAAUUGUCAGUGUGCCUUGCACCCUUCACUCACAUAAGCCUCCUCUUGCAGAUGUUUUGAAAGAAUAUGCCAAGCCAGAGGUCAACUGUUUGGAGCUGUUUGCUCGGAAUUUGCAGCCUGGGUGGACCAGUUGGGGCAAUGAAGUUCUCAAAUUUCAGCAUAUGGAUUACUUCACUGCUUUGCAGGAUAAGACUGACUAAUUGUGAAUAAAUUAAUCUUUGGAUUGUGAUGGGCAUGUUUAGCUUCUGUGACGUUAUCUUUUCCAUUACUGUUCCAUUUGUAAAACAUUGUGAAAGAACAAACAAUCAGCAUGAUACUUUUGAACAUUUGUGAUACCUUCAGAUAUUUUCUGUAUCUUGAUCCCUAUAUGUCUUCUCCUUGACAUUUUGAGUCAUCACGUGGAAACCAGUCAUUUGGGCCACUGCAUAAAUCACAGCCAUCAGAAAUGGAUCAUGUCCUCUGAAAUUCAUUGCUUAUCUGUGAAUUAGAGCAUAUUAUGUGUGGAUUUUUUCAAAUAAUGGUCAUAAAAUAAUGUGUGAUUGUAUUUUUGAAUGUGUUAGCCAUGUUUAAAUAUAAUGUACUGAUAAUAGAUAGCCCUCUUACUAACUCUUAGCUGCAUUCUAAAUGUUUUGAAAAGCAUUGAACAUGAAUAUUUCUGAAUAAUAACUAUGUGCAGUGGCCCAGGAUAGCUGAUGGUGGACCACAAGACAAAGGACCAUGUAAAGCCCUGGAGAGAAAUCUGCCCAUGUACUGAACAAUAAAAUCCAGUCUGUGUUGUAUGUAUUAUUCCAAAUUCGCUAUACAUUGCAACUUCAGUCUUCAAAUCACAAACAGUAUAUUAGCUAAAGGUUUUCCCCUGACAUUAAGUCGUCUCCGACUCUGAGGGUUGGUGCUCAUCUCCACUUCUAAGCCAAAGAGCUGGCGUUGUCAGUAGACAUCUCCAGGGUCAUGUGGCCGGCAUGACUGCAUGGAGUGCCGUUACCUUCCCUCUGGAGCCAUAUCUAUUGAUCUACUCACAUUUGCAUGUUUUUGAACUGCUAGGUUGGCAGAAGCUGGGGCUAACAGUGGGAACUCACCCCGCUCCCCGGAUUCAAACCGCCAAUCUUUUGAUCAGCAAGUUCAGCAGCUCGGUGAUUUAUUAUCUCUAUGUAUUUGUAAUGCCUAUGGUGUACUCAGAAUUGGAAGUUGCAAGGGUGGAUUGCCCUUUCAAAACUCUACUUUUGUCAUUAGUCUCAUUAUCACAUUGUUGUUUUAUUUGCAAACAUUACUUUGAGAGUUGUUGCUUAUGAGAUAUCAAAUAAUUACAAGGAUUUCAAAGUAUCUAAAAGAUGACUAAUUUAGCUAAUGUCAGUCAUGAGAAUGUCACAUUGAAAACAAUUGUCAUAAAAAAUAGGUUUCUUAGUUGCAGUGGGAUAUCAUCAUGAUUAAAUUCAACUGGAUUUAUAUUCAGAUGAACACUUAUAUUUGAACAAUCCUUUCCUUACUAAUGCACAAGAGUUUAAUUUCAUAGAGAGUAUAUUUUUCUGAUAUGUAUGUGUGUGUGUGUUUUUUAAAAGAUUUGUUACAAUGGUUACUGCUGUAAUUAAAUUAUUUUUCAAAAUGAUAAACUACGUAUGUUCUCCUCUCCCCUAAGGGUUUGCUUUAAAAAUGCUCUAAUUAAAAUUGCCAUGUGUUUGCAUGUGCAACUGACAGACCAGAGAUAUUUGAAGAAAUAACCAUUAUUUAACAGAGUGCAGAAUAAAUCUUGCUGUGCUACAAAUUAGAUAAACUCUGGAUUGCUUGGUGUGCUGUUAAAUUUUUAAACAAGACCUGGAUGUUCACAAAUAGACUUUUUUUAAAACUUUCAUAUUAAAAAAUCAAUUUCAAAAAUA